AUGGCUGGGGGUGUGUGGGGCCGGGCCCGGGGUGCCCCUGUAGGUGCCCUAAGUCUCACAGCUGUGGCUGAAGGGAUCCGAGCCAAUCAGGAGCGGAGCCUGGGGCCCCCUUCCACAGGCCCCCAACCUGCGCCCCAAGAGCUUGAAGCUGAGGCUGAGCCUACACCAUGGGCUCCAACCCCUGGCAGCGACGAGGAGUCCGGCUCCCCACAGCCGGCCCAGGCACCAGUCCCCGAGCGGCUCUGCCAGGUGAGCGCCCUGUCUCUGUCCUUGCGCCCUUCCUGGCAGAGUUCCUGGGAUGAUGGGGCCCUUGCCGACUUGGCACUGUACACGGCCGCCUGCUUGGAGGAGGCGGGCUUUGCUGGGACCCAGACCACAGCGCUCACCCUGUCCUCAGCCCUGGAGGCCCGAGGGCAGCGGCUGGAGGACCAGGUGCACGCCCUGGUACGUGGGCUGCUGGCGCAGGUGCCCAUCCUGGCCGAGGGCAGGCCCCGGCGGGCAGCGCUGCGAGUGCUGAGCGCGCUGGCCCUGGACCACGCUCAGGAUGUGGUGUGCGCACUGCUGCCUCGCUCCCUGCCUCCAGACCGGGCAGCGGCCGAACUCUGGCGCAGCCUGAGCCGGAACCAGCGCGUGAACGGGCAGGUGCUGGUCCAGCUGCUGCGGGCGCUGAAGGGGACACCGGGGCGGGAGCCGCAGGCGCUGGCGGCCACCCGCGCACUCGGGGAGAUGCUGACCGUGUCGGGCUGUGUAGGAGCCACACGGGGCUUCUACUCGUACCUGCUGCUUGCGCUGGUCACACAGCUACACGAGCUGGCCCAGGGGGUGCACUCCCCCGACUCCCCUAAGAUUUGGGCCCCGUCUCACCGAGGACCGCCGCACAGCCACGCCAGCUGCGCUGUGGAGGCCUUGAAGGCCCUGCUCACUGGGGACGGGGGCCGCAUGGUGGUCACGUGCAUGGAGCAGGCGGGCGGCUGGAGGAGGCUGGUGGGAGCCCACACCCACCUGGAGGGCGUCCUGCUGCUGGCCAGUGCCAUGGUGGCGCACGCCGACCACCACCUGCGAGGCCUCUUCGCCGAUCUGCUUCCCCGGCUGCGCAGCGCCUAUGCCCCGCAGCGGCUCACGGCCAUGGCCUUCUUCACCGGGCUGCUGCAGAGCCGGCCCACCGCACAGCUUCUCCGCGAGGAGGCCAUCCUGGAGCGGCUGCGCACCUGGCAGGGCGACCCGGAGCCCACAGUGCGCUGGCUGGGCCUGCUCGGCCUCGGCCACCUGGCGCUGAGUCGCAGGAAGGUGCGGCACGUGAGCACCUUGCUGCCCGCGCUCCUGGGCGCCCUGGGAGAGGGCGACGCACGGCUCGUGUGUGCAGCGCUGGGCGCGCUGCGGAAGCUCCUGCUGCGGCCACAGGCACCGGUGCAGCUCCUGAGCUCCGAGCUGGGGCCGCGCCUCCCUCCGCUGCUGGACGACGGCCGCGAGUCGGUGCGCGCCUCGGCCGCGGGGCUGCUGGGGACGCUGGUGCGGCGGGGCCGCGGCGGGCUCCGGCUGGGGCUCCGCGGUCCCCUGCGCAGGCUGGCGCUGAAGAGCCUGGUGCCGCUGCUGCUGCGCCUGCACGACCCCAGCCGGGACGCUGCCGAGAGCUCCGAGUGGACCCUGGCCCGCUGCGACCAGGCCUUGCGCUGGGGCCUGCUGGAGGAUGUGGUCACCGUGGCCCACUACGACAGCCCCGAGGCCCUGAGCCGCGUCUGCCAUCGCCUGGUUCAGAGACACCCGGACCACCUGCGCCAAUUCCUGAGCCAAACCCAGGGCUACCUGCGCAGCCCGCAGGACCCCCUGCGACGGGCGGCAGCUGUGCUCCUAGGCUUCCUUGCUCAUCACGCCAGCCCCAACCACCUGAGCCAGGACCUGCUGGACUCCCUGCUGCAGGACCUAGACCAGCUGCAGAGUGACCCGGUGCCCGCGGUGGCCGCUGCGGCGCACGUGUCCGCCCAGCAGGUGGCGAUGCUGGCCCGAGCGCCAGGCCCAGCGCGCAGCAGCCUCCUGCUCCGUCUAUUCCCGCGAGGGGCUCAGGCGGCCCGGCCCCCGCCCGUCUAUGCCGACAGCCCCUUCCAGCGCCGCAGCCUGGCCGACCGCUGGGGCUGCCCCUGAUCCGGGCCGCAGCCACACGAAAGG